AUGGCCGUGAACCCGAACAACAACCACGUGGAGGCGACCUCCGUCCAGGCAGCCAAGAACGCCGCCAUUCUGCUGGCCGCAACAGCGCUCAACCAGGCGAGCAAGGGCGUCCGGGGCAGCCUGGCCAACAACCGGGCGGUGCAAGCGAGCACCCCGGGCUCGAGCGGGGCGACCAAGGGCGCGAAUGGGGCGACCACUGACCGAGCGCAGCUCGCGGCGGAUCGGGCGGGUGUUAAGCGCGCCAACGGCAGCCAGGCCAACAACCGGGCGGUGCAAGCGAGCAUCCCGGGCUCGAGCGGGGCGACCAAGGGCGCGAAUGGGGCGACCACUGACCGAGCGCAGCUCGCGGCCAAUCAGGCGGGUGUUAAGCGCGCCAACGGCAGCCAGGCCAACAACCGGGCGGUGCAAGCGAGCAUCCCGGGCUUGAGCGGGGCGGGCGCGAAUGGGGCGACCACUGACCGAGCGCAGCUCGCGGCCACAAUCAAAGGAUCGCAAGCUUCUCAGAGGUCAGUAGAGGGGACCCGUUAGGCUACGAACUGACGCCGCUGAUUCUCUGAAGAAGGGAAAGCUAACAUAGACGCAUUAGCGGACACGGGCGGUCAGUUUUGUAGCAUCUAGUAGCUGUUACCUUUGUACAGACUAUUGACAGAAGGAAAAAUGAGUGGGAAUGAAUGGUCUGCUGACGUCCAGAUGAGGCUCAUACGUUACGUGUGGUUUGGAGCUGAAUGUUUAGCGAGACAGGACUGUCCAGGCGGGGACAACUUUGGAACGCAUGGUGCGAGCCGCCACAUCUCGUUCGAAAAGUUUCCAUAAGAUCGUCACUCUUUCAGAUGCUCAAACCUGUGAAAGCACUUUGACACUGGUCUUGCCUUUUUUUCCAAAGUUCUUCAAACGACCCAUUUAUACUUUUGUGCAAC